AUGGUGGGUGAAAGAGGGAUGGGGUGGUGGGUGGAAGGUGGGGUGGGAGAGGAUGGUGAGGGAGGUAGGAGUAGAGGAGAGAUUGGUGGUGGGGUGGGGGUUGUGGUGUGGGGUGGGGUGUGGGGGUGGGUUGGGGGGUGGGGGUGGUUGUGUGGGUUGUGGGGUGGUGUGGGGUGGGGGGGUUGGUGGGGGGUGGUUGUGGGGUGUGGUGGGGGGUGGUGUGGGUGGUGGGGUGUUGGGUGGGGUGGGGUGGGGUGUGGGUGGUGGGGGUGUGGUGGGGGGUGGGUGUGGGGUGUGGGGGUGGGGUGGGGUGUGGGGGUGGGUGGGGUUGUGGGUGGUGGUGGGGUGUGGGGUGGUGUGGGGUGGGUGGUGGGGGUGGUUGGUGGGGUUGGGGGUGGGGUGGGUGGGGUGGUGGGGGUGGGUGUGUGGGGUUGGUGGGUGUUGGGGGGUGGGGUGGGGUGGGGGUGGUGGGGUUGUGGUGGGUGUGUGGGGGGGGUGGGUGUGGGGUGGUGGGUGUGGGGGUGGGGUGUGGGUUGGUGGGGGGUGGGUGGUGGGGUGGUGGGGGGUGGUUGGGGGGUGGGGUGGUGGGGGGGUGUGUGGGGGUGGGUGGGGGUGUGUGGUGGGUGGGUGGGGGUUGUGGUGGGUGGGGGUGGGUGUGGGUGUGGUGGUGGGGUGUGUGGGGUGGGGUGGUGGGGUGUGGGUGUGUGGGGGGUGGGUGGUGGUGGUGGGUGGUGGGGUGUUGGUUGUGGGGUGGGGGGUGUGGUGUGGGUGGGGGUGGGGUGGUGGUGGGGUGGGGUGGGUGUGGUGGGGUGUGGGUGUGGGUGGGUGGGGUGGGGUGUGUGUUGGGGGUGGGGGGUGUGGUGGUGGGUGGGGUGUGGUGGUGGGGUGGUGGGGUGUGGGUGGGGGUGUGGUGUGGGGGGUGGGUGGGGUUGGGUGUGGGUGGGGUGGGGGGUUUGGUGGGUGGGUGGGGUGGGUGGGGUGUGUGGGUGGGUGGUUGGGGUGUGGGGUGGUGGGGUGUUGGGUGGGGUGUGGUGGGGUGUGGGGUGUUGGUGGGGGUGGUUGGGGUGGGUGGUGGGGUGGUGGGGUUGGGUGGGGGGUGGUGGGUGGGGGGGUGUGGUGGGGGUGGGUUGUGGGUGGGGGGGUUGGGUGGUGUGGGUGGGGUGGUGGUUGUUGGGGUGGUGGUUGGUGGGGUUGUGGGUGGUGGGUGGGUUGGUGGGGUUGGGGGUGGUGGGUGGGUGGGGGUGUUGUGGGUGGUGUGGGGUGUGGGUGGGUGGGGGGUGUGUGGGGGUGGUUGAGUGGGGUGGUGGGGUGGUGUGGGGUGUGUGGUGGGGUGUGGUGGGGGGUGUGGGGUGUGGGUGGUGGGGGUGUGAGGAGAUGAUGGAGGUGAAGAGAGAGAGGAGGAUGAGUGAUGGAGGUGAAAGAGAAGGUGAGGAGGUGAAAGAGGAGAUGAUGGAGGUGAAAGAGGAGGUGAUGGAGGUGAAAGAGGAGGAUGAUGGAGGAUGGAGGUGA